UGAAGUGGCUGCAGCAGGACGGAUCAGGAGCUGGAGGCUGCACUUGUUAGCAAAUUUUGCAGGGAGGAAACCUGGACAUGGAAACCAAUGUGCAGAUAUACAGAGAGGUAGAGAGAAAUGGAUCCAUCCACCAGCUGACCAACACACAUUUACACAGGGUUCCCUGAAAAUGCAUUGGCUCAUUUACCAUUGUUGAUGGGAAUGUGGUGACUGGGGAAGAUGUCGGUAACAAGCAGGAACUGUAUCGUCAGGUGCCGAUCACUGGAAGAGGAGUAUGGCUUAUAUACAGCUAAAAAGGAUGAUAUUGGCAUUUACAAUUACCAAAUUGAGGGCAAUAUUGGGAAACUGAAGAGUUGCCUUAAUGGUUUGCUUCAAGAAUAUGGUCUAACCCUGACCAUGAAAGAUGAGUAUAUAAAAGAAUUCUGUACAUAUGGAGCUGCAGAACCUUGCUUCCUUCUUGGUAAUAUUUUAUGCAUUUAUAAGGUUGCGGAGGGGCCAGGAUCGCCUCUUGGCACUUACCUCCUCUGUCGCCAACCCCUAGUCUGGUCCCCUGUCUUUGCCGACUCUCUGUGCUUUUUUUCUUCUUUUUGCGAUCCUGCGCAGGUUCUCGUACAUUGUUAGCAACACCUUGCGCAUGCACACUUGGGCGGCCUUGCUUAGGGCGCCGCAAAAGUAUUCAACCCCCCUUGUCUUUUUACCUAUUUUGUUACAU